AAGAAGGCGUAGGUGAACAAGAAGAGAAAAUAAAAAGCCCAUUUUGGUUCCAAAGUCUGUCGAAAUCAAAUUGCGGAAGAGACGAAAACAGCCAUCGCCCCAUGGCCAUGGGAGAUUCCGUCCCUACUCCUCGCAUAUCAGUUCAUCAAGCUUUUGGCGGCGGCUUAGUUGCUGAUGUGCUGUUAUGGAGAAAAUGGUGUGGGGGAGUUGUGAUGCUAGCCUCAGCAACCACGUUUUGGUGCCUCUUUGAAUUAGCUGGUUAUAGUAUCUUGUCUUUCGUGGCCAAUGUAUUGUUACUCCUUGUUGUUAUUCUCUUCUUCUGGGCCAAAUCUGCUUCACUUCUCAACAGACCUUUGCCGCCACUUCCUAAUUUGGAGAUCUCUGAGAGGACUGCUGGGAAGAUUGCUGAUGAGUUACAAGUGUGGGUCAAUAUUGCAUUGUCGAUUGCGCAUGACAUUACCCUUGGCAGAAAUUUGAAACUUCUUUUGAAGGUUGGUGUUGCCUUGUGGUUUGUUUCUUUCAUUGGUAGUUUCUUUAGCUUCCUCACUGUGAUCUAUAUUGGGGUUAUUCUUAGUCUAUCAGUUCCCGUGUUAUAUGAUAAGUAUCAACACCACAUUGAUGAAAAGCUUUCUGUAACAAACAAAAUCAUACAGACGCAGUACAGGAAAAUCGAUGAAACAGUAUUAAGGAAGCUUCCAUUGCCCUCUAAGAAAGAAAAGAAGAUGCAGUAGGGUAUUCAGGUGAAAUGUGACCAGGGGCUUAGAAUUUGGUUUUCAAGAUGUGAAGCUAUUGAUUCAACUAUUUGAGUUAGCAAAUCAUUGGGAGCAGGGAUAACCUUGAUAAGUUUUUUUACUUUCAGGAGAAGAUUCAACCAUAUAUUACUUUUCCCCUUGUGGGGAUCUCUAUAUUCUUGAUUAAGUCUUUGGCCUGCAGUUUAUACAUUUAUGAUUUUCUUUCUAUAUGAGCUUUUUAUCAUCCCUGUCUGAAAGGAGAUGUAGAGUACUAGUGUGGUGCUUUUUUUUUUUACUAGGAGAGAACUAUUUAUGUAAUAGACGUAUACAGGAAUCUGUAUCAUCCUAAAUUCCAAAGUUUGUCGUUUUUGUAUUGCAUGAUAAACCCCUGCGUUUUUGGGUGAAUUUCCAGGGCUGAUGGUAUAUUCAUUUGUUUUCAUACAAUAAGAAAUUGGUUUCAGGUAAA